UCCAAGGGACAUGACGAUGUYCAAGUGCCGACAGCUUGGCAUUCGUUCAAUUGUUCAACAGCCAKUCGCGUUGAACGUGUUAUUGGAUUAAGCUGGUCAUUUAAUCCAGAGCACACGCACUUGAGUUCACAUUGAUAYUGUAGUGUCAUUCUGUAUAUGUUGUAUUAAGAAGGACCGCUUCGUCMAGAGACUCGCCACUAACAUCAUCAUCUACUUUCCAACUCUCUGGAUUCAAGGUAUUCUCUUUUUUGACACUCCAGAGGUUCAAGGAAUCUUUGUUGGGAUUUAUUUGUCGCUUAUAAAGUAAGGCAGGAGGAAAAGCAUGGUAAAUCCAAGCGUGCUAGCUCUCUUGGCCACUGUGUUUUGUGGAGCGGCAUACGUUCAAGCAUCGGCUGGUUGUGGUGGUACCUUAAUGAAAUCCUUUGGAUACAUUGUGUCUCCAAACUAUCCCAGUCCAUACUCCCCGAACAGCGACUGUUCCUGGAUCAUCAGUGCGUCAAGUGGUCACAAGAUAACGUUCCGCGUCAUCGACUUUUUACUCGAAGCACACAAGCAGUGUCGURAGGAUUUUCUUGACAUUCACGACGGGCCUAGUUUAAACUCCCCUCGCAUUGGACGGUAUUGUGGCGCCAGCAGACCCUUUCCCGUCACCUCUAGCGACAAUAAGCUGUACAUCAGAUUCAAGUCUGACUCGGCUCUGGAAUUCAAGGGGUUUAAAGCCGUCUUUAAUUCAUCGUUAGUGUGUGGAGGGACAUAUCUCAGUAACGAUGGCAUUCUUUCUUCGCCAAACUUUCCUCAGUUCUACUACGAGAGAUCUGACUGCGUGUACAAGAUUGUGGUCCCAACUGGCUUCACGGUCAAACUGAAGUUCACUGAUUUCCAUUUGGAGCCUGCUAGGACUUCUGGUCAAUGUUUUGAUUAUGUAGAAGUGUACGAUGGUAGCACUGUGCUGUCGCCCUCCCUAGGGAAGUUCUGUGGAGAUCUUUCAGUAUUUUCUCUUCAGUCAACGUCGAAUAUUGUGGUCGUCAGAUUUAUCUCUGACCAAUCAAUCAACAGAAAAGGAUUUCGAUUUACUUACACGGCUGAAGAUCCAUCUUUGUUGCUUACAACGACAGCAGCACCACUACCAACCACUCUUCCAGUAAUUCAAAAGCAGUGUCUGUCUACUCAGUUUCAAUGUGCAAACGGUAAAUGUAUUGAUUCACGAUGGAAAUGCGACAAGCAGGAUGACUGUGGUGACAUGUCUGAUGAACACGGCUGUCCAUGUCGUCGUUAUCAGUUUAGAUGCGGUAAUGGUGUCUGUAUGGAUCGCAGCUGGUUGUGUGAUGGAACURAUGAUUGUGGGGAUUGGUCUGAUGAACGGAAUUGCACGGCUACUACGAUUCCUGCCGUGACUCCGGUCAUCUUGAGUUGUUCCCAAGGCAACGGUGGAUGUGAACACACUUGUACUCACGUAUAUGAAUGAGUGUCUCGUAAAGAACAAUGGUGGCUGUGACCAAAUCUGCACUAACACUAAUGGUAGUUACCGCUGUGCAUGCCGACCAGGUUUUCUUCUCAAUAGGGAUGGAAGAACUUGUGAUGAUAUUAAUGAAUGUUCGUUUGGCAACACUGGCUGCAGUCACACGUGCAAGAAUGUGUUCGGUGGAUUUGAGUGCCAAUGUCCAAAUGGUUAUAAACUUGAAAAAGACAACAAAACAUGUGAAGAUAUUAACGAAUGUUCGACAAGGAAUGGCGGCUGUGAACAAAUGUGUGUGAACGAACCCGGCAGUCAUCGAUGUGAGUGUCGCCAUGGUUACAUACCGGAUAUCAUGAUGCCUGGAAGGUGUAUGGAUAUUGAUGAAUGUAUGGAGGGUAUCCCAGCGUGCUUUAAGUGCACCAAUCUUCCUGGCAGCUACCAGUGUGAAUGUGACCCAGGUUUUGUGCCCAACGUUAAUAAAACAGCUUGUCUAGACGUGAACGAGUGUGAUACGAACAAUGGAGGGUGUGGUCAACACACGUGUAUCAAUUCCUUUGGCACAUACCGGUGUGAAUGUCAGAAGGGUUACGUACUGGAUCCAACGACCAAACGAUGUAAAGACAUCGAUGAGUGCGCUGCAAAUGGUGGAACCGGUGACUGUGAACAAAUGUGCACCAACACCGUGGGCUCAUACAGGUGUCGAUGUCCUGAUGGCUUUAAGUUGAGGAAUGAAAGACGGUGCCUUGAUAUCGACGAGUGUGCUAUUCCAAGCCUCAACAGAUGUCAACAUUUCUGUAACAACACAGUAGGAAGUUUUACGUGUUCUUGUAAGAAAAACUAUCACAAGGCGAUUGAUGGAUUUUCGUGCAACAAGAAAAAGGUUAUUCCAGGUUGUGGAAUUGCACUAAACGCCAAAGUCCCUACAACGAGAGGCUGGCAAGAUGCCAAACCAGGAAGUUGGCCAUGGRCUGCUUUACUUCAUUUCGAUGCCUUUGGUGACAUUGAGGCUUGUAUGGGUACAUUGAUUGACAAGGAAUGGAUUCUGGCAACAUCACACUGYCUUCAUCUCGGUCCUUAUUCGCUACAACCCCAGUUCAUCAAGGUAGAAUUAGGCGUCUAUUAUCGAGGUGAAGGAAAACCAAAGCCAAAGCUGCUCAAUGUCAAGCGAGUGGUUAUCCAUAAUAGUUUUAAAGCAGAUUUAAAUAAACUGUCAUCCAAYAUCGCUUUGUUACAGUUAUCAAAGCCUGUUAACUUCACCGAGAAUAUUUUACCAAUCUGUCUUCCCACUAGACAGRAAGCWGAAAAAUUCUCAGUAAGAAGAAAACAAGGCGUGGUCAUUGGUUGGGGCAAGGGUGUCGAUCAUCGUAUCCAUGGUAACCUCAGGCAGGACCUGGUGACUAUCACACGUCGACAGCGAUGUUCGUGGGCUCAAAGGCAUUACGAUUCUAACAAGCUCAUCUGUGCAGGCUACUCUACCAGUGGUGUCACGUGCAUCRGCGACAGCGGUUCUCCGCUCAUGUUCUCGGUGGCGCAUGCGCAGAAUGCUCAAGUGAAGAGGUGGAUUCUGGGUGGAAUGUUGAGUUGGGGUUUAAAUACYUUUCAGACWAGCUGCCACAAGGACUACAGUCACACAGCAUAUGUGAAUGUCGGUCGWUACUUGAGAUGGAUCAGGACGACUAUCAAACCAAAACGUAAUUGAUUUCUACACUUUGUCUCUUAUUCCCAGAGGUAGAUUUUAUAGCAAAGAGAGGAACAUGUUUAAAUACAUGUCGAGUUUUAAAUGUUGAACGAAUUUUCCUAAAGAAAACUCUUCCUGCUUUGUGGCGCGCGCCGUGCGUCUSUACUUUAUUAUUACACACCUAAGAGCCAAUCGGAACGCAUGAUGCACAAUGACAAUGACAUUGUUAUAWCUCAAGUCAAAUCUGUUUACGAAGGAUAAACAUGAAACUUCUCUUCUAUUUCUCUACUUGUACGAAUCAAUAUAUUGUGCUAAAAUUACUUUUCUCAAAUUUAUUUUGUAAAAAACAGUCCAGCUGUUCAGCUGUGUGCCAAGAAGAAAUGCAUGUUAAAAUAUAUAUAUAUAUAAAAAAAAAGAAAAAAGAAAAAAUGAAAAAAUCGUAUAUCGUAUAUGUGAGUUCGAAUCGAACAACUAAUCGUAUAUCACAUGAGUGAUUGUCUCCCUUGAUUCAAAGGUUUUUCUUCAAAGGUUUUCUUUUCUCCAAAACAAAAAACAAAAAAAACUAACACACUGAAUUCUAAUUCGAUCUGUGAGUUACCCGUGUCGUGAUUUUGAUCUGCCAACAGAUUUCAGGGUAGCGAUAAAACUCCAAGGUAUUGAUCGUUCAAUGACCAUAUCUGUUGACUCCUACUAACCAUAUUGUUAAAUAUUAAUUCCUUUGAUAUAGAAAUACCACACUGUCAGUCGAGGACAUAUAAGUGGUUUGAAAUCAUUCCCUAAAGAAUGCACACGGCCGCCAUGUUGAGUGAUAUGACAAAAGAAACUAAAAAAACUCUUGUGAAAUUCAACUAAAAUASGAACAAGAACCUAUGCUUUCUUUUCCCUUACAGUAAUAGAGAUAGACAAACCGUAGCUUGCACGUAUAUGGAAAGUUUUUUGAAGACCAAGUUAAUCAUUUAAUUAUUGGUUAAACGUCUAUUGUUUUAUGUACAAAAUAAAGAGCACUAGAAUCA